CGUUAUUCCGUUUCUAUGGGUACUGCCGGUAUAGCAAGAAUCGAUCUAUCUUCUUUAACUCAAAAAAGUCUUGGUUGCGUAAUCGAUGAGAACGUAACUACGGAAUAUCCAUGGGUAUGGGUGAAGAAGGAGAUCAUUGAGGACAACCUAGAUCUUCACUCAGAGAGCAGUGAGUUCUUGCCGAUGAAGAACGAGAUCCUUGAGUAUCCCGAGGAGAGAAUGCUGAUCGGUUACGCCCCUUCCGUCACUGAGGAGGGCCAAUUUUACAUUUGCCUUAGCACCGAGGCAAAGGAAGCCGUAUUGCAGCAAAUUCAAAUGCAGAGACGGGAGCAUGAGAUUCACGUGAGGAGCGCCGUUUACAAGCACCCAGCCAAGUGGAAGGAUUUGGGAAGCGGCAAGGAGGUCGAUGAGAACGUUGUCAAGAAUCAAAGGCCAAAACUCGAGAUCAAGGUCGUAUCUACGGCGAAUUUGCUCAACGUGCCAAUGAAUCUGGUAGACAGGAGUGCGGACGAUCAAAGGGACGGAUACAUCGACUUGCUGCCAUAUCGGCAGACAUUCGAGAACGUGUCACGAAACACGAUAAGCAGGUCCACGCAAGUGACGCCCAGCACCAAAGACAACGAAGCUCAGACCGCGCCUUCAAUACCCGCAAAUUCCUGGUUUCAAUACCGAUACGAGUAUGAACCGAUCGAUAUAUCCGCCUUUACGGAAGAAGAUACCGACAAUCUCACGAGAUUUCUACGACGUAAUACUGACAUUAUGUGCGAUCAGGUGCAAAUGAACGCGACCUGGGAUAUUUACGCGGAUGAUUAUACAAAUCUGGUGCAUUAUGAAAGAGAUACAAAAGCACCGAUACCGGUAGGGUACAACGAACACCAAAGUUUUUAUGACGGCAAAGUAACAAAACAAAAAGUUAUUAAUGAUUUAUCUUGGCAUCCUUUAUGGACUGGUAUUCUUUGCGCGACGUAUACUCAUCAUUCCAAAGAUGAACACUUUGUAGGACAACGAACAUACGACGAGGUCCUCAGGGAUUCCAAAGGUGACAAUGUAGCAUUAAUAUGGUCGUUCAAUGAUUGUUUGUCUCCGAAGCUAAUCCUAGAAUGCCCAAGGGAGAUCACAGCGAUAUCUAUUUGUCCUCUGAAUAGUAACGUCAUCAUUGGUGGUUGCGCUAACGGUCAGAUCGCCAUUUGGUCUAUACCGGGUAGAAUCGAAAACGUAGAGGCGGUAAUAGUGCACACUUCCGCCCAAGUGAGAUAUAGAAUUGCUAUGCGGGGUCUGAUGAGGUGGAUGCGAGAAACCGUUGGAUCCUCGGUCAUAAGACCGGUGGCGAUGUCCUCGUUGCAACACAGCCAGAAGGGUACCAUAACCCAAAUAGCUUGGAUACCACCUUACCACAAGGUCGAGAAGAACGGUAGAAUCCAAUCUCUAGCUGCCAGUACGACGCUCGAGGAUCUCCCUUGGCAAUUCGUUACCAGUAGUAUGGACGGUACUAUUGCCUUUUGGGAUCUCAAGUUAGUUCACAGAACGGAAGACGUAACGAAGAAGGAAACUCUGUUGAAAGAGAAACAAAAACAAGGUACCCUACCUCACGCACUGCUAGAAUCAACUUCACCUUUUGAAAUGCUCAAUCGUAUUUGGAAACCGUAUUACGUGCUAUUCAUUCAUUAUCCGAACGAGAAUCGACGUACAGUGUUGAGCACUUUUACCAUGUAUUAUCCUAAUUUAAAAAAACAACUCGACGAACCGUUUCCAAUUAUCAAGACGGAUAUUACCGCGAGACGAUAUUAUAAACUGAUACAAGAAAAAUCCGAUUACAUUAUGAAACCAGAAAUUUUUAUUGGCACGAUCGAAGGAUAUGUCGGACUUGUUACUUGGGAGGGUUUCGAAUUCGAUACAAAAUUGACAUCUAACCGCGAAGAAUGUAAAUGGAAGUGGAUGAAGCGUAUACAUGAUGGACCGGUUACGCAUAUGGUGAGAUCGAAGUAUCAUGAAAAAAUAGUUGCCACCGUGGGCGGACACAUUUUUGCUAUUUGGCGGGAGGACUAUGUAGAGCCGAUUAUUUGGAAAAAAUCGAACCUGAGUUACACGGGUUGCACCUGGGGCAACUUCCGACCGACGAUUCUAGUUUUGGUACGAAUAGACGGUACCAUGGAAAUUUGGGAUUUCAUCGUUAAGGGACAAGAACCGAUUAUUACGCAAAGCGUGUCCGGUCGAAUAAUUACGGGUAUUUAUACGCAUGAGUUACCAUUAGAUCCUCAAUGUGUCGGAAUAUGCGACUUCAAUGGUACAUUAAGAAUAUUUACCGCACCCCCAACAUUACUGACGUUCGACGUUAGCGACAUUACGUGGAUGCAAAAUUAUGCCGAUCAGCAAGUCGACAGAAUAAGGAAACCUUGGCAAUUUAUAGAAGAAGCUAAAGAACGUUGGCACGAGAUGGAAAUGAAACGUAUGCAAAUAACUAUUCUCGAAAAGAAAGGCCUCAGGAGAGACGUUCUUGAAAGGCAACGAGCACCAGUUUUAAAAUUACGCCAAGAGGCCCAGAAGAAGGAAAGACAAAUUCGCGAGAUUCUGCAACAACGCGACCAGAUUUUCCAAGAGACCGUAACUUAUCUAUUUCCGGAACAAGAAAUUGAUCAUAAGCAUACUCUAGAUCAAAUGGACACAUCCUUACCUUAUAUCAAACCAAUACCAUUGAAAGAUCAAAUAUCAACGAGGAAGGUCAUCGAGGAAUCUUUGGUUCAAGAAAAGACACAACACAUAAUUGAGGAAUUUCUUGAAGUGCAAGAAGAAGCUUUGGAAAAAUUGAUGUAUCAACGAUUCGACCACGUGUUCGAUUGGCCUACCGUUUUAAUGGAAGCGAAACAACGAAGAUACAAUAUGAAUAUAACGUUGUUGAAUAAAAAUAGCUGCUAAAUGAUAAUGCAA